UAGCGUGCUACUUCCCUCCAUGACCAAAGACCAGUGGUCAUAGCGUACGAGAACGGUGUGAAAAGGUAGAUAAUCGUGCAGUUAGUGAUAAAAUGCGUGAAGAUAAACGUGUUUUCAAUUAAAAAAUAGCGAACACCCUCAUGGGCAACGAAAGGCACCUUCUUACACAAAUUGAAGACAAAACGUCAGAGUUAAUUGACAUACUGCCACAGGUAAAUGAUAAAACAUCAUUCAUAAAUUUAUAUUUGUACAGGAAUUCACAUAUGAAACACGAGCUGGAGAAGAAUACGAAUGUGCUGGUCUCUUAUUACGAUAUUCUAAACGUGCAUUCACAGGUUGUGUUGUACAGGUUUAUUGAGCGAUAUCCGAACGCAUACUGUAGCCUUGACGGGGAUGACAAGAGUACAACGGAAGGAGGUGAUAAAAAUGGUGAUGAAAUGGAAACGGGGAAUAAAGACGGUAGGAAUGACGGUUUUAUGGUUGAAAGUAUAGCGUUGAACAACGAAAAUAUGUCAGAGUGUAGGAAAACAGCACUGAUAAAUACGAGUGAAGAUAAUAGCAAUGGUAACACGUCAAUACCAGGUAGAAUAGAAAGGAAGAGUUGUGGGAAUGAACAUGAGAUGCAUAUAAAUCGGUGCGAAGCAGCAGAGUGUUGCACAAAUCGUUGUUUUACGGAUGACAAUGGCAAAACAGUGGUAUGUGAUUGUUUUGCACAGCAUGAGACAGAAAUUCAUGAGAAAACGGAGCAGAUAGGCGAAAGAACACAUCACAAGAAGAAGCAGUUACGUACGAAUGACAACAUAGUGGUAGAAGAAGAUAGAAUUGAAUUUAACGACGAAACGAUGGACAGGAUUGAGGCUCUUGGUCUAAACAUACACGAGAUGAAACAAAAGCUGAAAACUCGUGUUGUGGACAGCACGUUACCGUCAAAAUGCAAGGAACCCAGUGAUUGCGAUAAAGAAGAAGGCUUUAUUGGUGUUCCAUCAGGAUAUACCAAUUUUGAGAAAGGUCUUAUAAACGAGUACAUCCUCAAGUCUUCCAACUAUCAUCCGAAGUACUUACAAAGAAUAAAAGAUAAAUUGCUCAUUUUUGAUACUUUAUUCGACCAGUUCAUCGUUCAUUCUGUAAAAAACAACGAGUACGCGAAAUAUCUCCUUGACAAAAUGAUAAUACUGAUGUGUGAAUAUAGAAUUGAGAUAAAUGAAGGCUAUUUAAGAACGCUUAGCACUGUUAUGAGAGAUUGUAAUGAAUUAACGUUCGUUUUGGGAGCAUUUAUGAGCGGUAAGGAGGAAAUGUUUAAUGGGCUGAUUAUGGAAAGAAAGUACAGGGAUAUGUUCGUUAAGAUGAUGGAGAGACAAGGAAAAACGGAACAUGGUGGUAUGCAUAGCAGAAAUGGUGAGAGUGGUACUGUAGACAGUAGUAAUGUACGCAGCACCGCUAAGACUGACACUACUCCUGGUACCGGUGAUGAACCAUCUUUUGCCAAUCCUGUUGGUAAGACGGUCUUUCUCAGUAAAACACACAAUUUUACGAUACUUAACCUGCCGCAAACGCUCCAACAAACACUUCAACAGGUACAAAGUAAUGCUCUGCCAAUCAACGUUCUGCUAUUCCAUCUCAAUAGUGCAUCCUCUCGUACAAUAAAAAACUAUAAGGGGCAGCUUUUCAGCUUGCUCCUGAAUAACACGUUUCAUCCCCUCAUGCUUAAGUUACUGAUGGAGCGUGCAUGUGAGUACAGAACAGUGAUUGAACAUUUUUUCUCGUUUCAAAGCUACGGUACGCAGCGUGUCAUUAUUCUGGAAUGUUUGAUGAUGUUGAUUGAGGAUGGAUGGGAGUUGGGCGGUGAAAUGGUGAGAAUGUUUUUUGGAGCGAUGGAUGGUACUGCGAUAAAGUUUAAUGAGGUAUUGGAGAGCAGAGUGGUAGCCUUCUAUGAGAAAACCAGAAAUUUGGGAAUGUUAUAG